AUGGCGUCCAUGCGGGUGCACUGGCGGGCCACCCACCAAUGGUCCCAGCAGGGCCGCCGGGGCCAUGUCAGCCAGAGGGAGAAGGCACGUGGGGAGGCGGAGCUGGCACGAUCAUACACGCGCGUGGCAUGGCAGCAGGUAUUCCCCACGCGCAAGGGGUCCCAUUACAUCCACAUUAGGUACCCAGAUGGCGGCCGCCAGAGGAGCCCGCCACCACCACCCGCGGAGCAGGCCCAGCAGGCCGUGGAUGCCAUGGUCAUCGCAUGGGAGCGGGCGCGCGCGCGAGAGGCGGAGCAGGCCACCAUCCAGGUGGACGAGGCGGCCGAUGCCAACCCAUGGCUGCGCAUGACGGGGUGGGCGAGGUAUUUGGACGGGGUGCACCCGCAGGAUUUGCGCCAGCUCAUAGAGGCGCCCGUGGAGGUAGAGGAGGUGAAGGAGGCAGAGGCAGAGGAUAAGGAUGCCAAGGCAGAUCCCACCGAGCAGGCCGUGCGGGUGAUUUGGGACGCCAUGGACCAGCUGGCGCGGCGCAGCCAGCGGACCGUGCAGCAGUGCGGCGCGGGCAUCCGCGUGGAGGCGGCCCGUACAGAGGCCGGCCAGACGCCAUACAAGCCGCUGCAGGCGUACAUGGACGAGGCAAGCAUCCAGAAGCACGUGCAGCCAUGGCAGCAGGCCGCGCAGAUGAGCCCAGGCCAGGAUAGCCAGGAGGAUGGGGAUGAUGAGGAUGGGAAUGGUAAUGGUGGCCACGGCAAGUGGCUAGGGAGGUUGCCCGCGUAUGGGAUGACGCCGCGGCAGCGCCAGAAGUGGCAGGCAUUAUGGCAGCUGGCCAUGCCAGCUGUUGAGAGGCCCGAAGCGGAAGCCCAAGCUGGUGGCCAAGCGCGUGCGCAAGCCCGAGCCAGGGCAGGGGUGAGGGUUGUACACACGUUCGCUGGGGCCGGCCAGAUCAUCGAGGACGUGUGGAGUGCUAGUGCUAGUCCCAGCAUAGGUAGUAGCCUAACCACCGUGAUGGAGAUGGAUGAGGAGACGGACGAGGAGAUAGAUAAGAAGGAUGGGGUGGAGGCUGCAGCUACAGAGGUGGAGGCGUGGCAGAUGACCCCCGUGGAGCAGGCGUGCUUAGAGUUUUGCAUCGAGCUGAUGAACCAGCGCCACCGCACGCACGAGUACGAGAGCGCGCUGGUAUGUGCCAUGGCCGUGCAAGGGUGGGGUGAGGCGCGCUGGCGUGAUCCCAGUAGUUACCCGCCCAUAUUAUCCCGCGUGCUCAAGGUGGCGCGCUUCAUGGUGGUGUAG